GGAACACUCCACUCAUGAAGGCAGCCAUUGGAGGUUACACUGACUGUGUAAGAGAGCUGCUCUCCUCAGGAGCCGUGGUGGACCUGGCUAACAAGGAUGGGGACACUCCACUCAUGGAGGCAGCCUACAUGGGACGGGAAAAUACUGUGAAGGAGCUUCUCUCAUCAGGGGCUUCCCCUCUCUGCACUAAUAAUCGUGGAGAGACUGCUCUGAUGAAAGCCAAGGAAUCACCUCACUCAAACCCUUCAGUAAUCAAGCUCCUUGAGGAAGCUACUGAAUCUCAUUCACGUCCGCAGUCUGUGCAGGUCCUACCUAAGAACUGGACUGUUGCUACUGACACAGAAACGAAGAAGCCAGUCUACCAGAACAAGGCAGCAGGGGAAACCCUCUCCACACCACCUGGAUGUAAGUGUGUGCUUGUGCUGUAUCCAGCACAUGGUUCUGUGUGUUUUACCUCCUGUGUAGAUCCCCUGCACCAAACCUCCGCACACCCUGAUGUCACUUUCUACGGCAUGCCUCAAGAGAAGGAGUUCACCUCCAGUGGUGGCCAUGCUGACUUUGACAAUGGAGUGCAAAUGACUGUUCCAGCUAAUGCUGUCCCAGCAGGGACCUCUGUGAGCAUUAAAGUCCAACCCAGCCUUGCUUCAAAUGACGUGUUUGUGAUGCCUGAGGGCAUUCAGUCUGCCAGUCCGUCCUACUUGAUCUCUGGUGAAGGUCUAAACGGAGAGGUGACCCUGAGCAUGGAGCAUCAUGUACGAGUGUCCACCCAACAAGAAGCUGAUAACCUCCUCUUUCUCCAAGCUGACUCGUCUCCCAAGAGAUCUGGAUCAAAAAGAGUAUACGAGUACCAGGAGGUACAAAAGGGAGGGUCGAAGCCAGAGUUCACUCCUGGAGGGAACACUGGGAGACUGACCAGACGUUUGUCAAAGAAGAAGUUCUUCAAAGUUGGGGCUCGAAUAAAGAAAUGGUUUAGAGGUUCAUCCCAACUUGCUGCCAGCCAGUCUGAUGACCCCCCAGAGCCUGAGAGUCCACCUAACCUCUACACUGUCAGAGUCUACCGGUCUCCUCCACACACAACUGGGGACAGAAUGGCUCUUGUCAUUGUCAGCUACUUCCACCGUCUGUUUCUCGAUUUCUUGCAGAGGUUUGAGGUUGUCGUCAUUCCCCGAGAGUAUCCACACUUGUCAAGUAGCCCUGCUGAUAAGACAAUCAAACAACCUCUUUGCUUUGUCCAAGUUGAUGCAGUACUGGAGCUAGUCUGUGACCCAGCCUGGAGGAGUGUGCCUGACCAGAGAAUGAUUUCCCAAGAUGAAGUAGACUUGCCAGUGAUUGGUAAGUUCUCACCAGAGGAGCUUCAGUGCUACCCACCCAGGAUAGUGUGUCGGUUCUUCCCUGAGCAAGGAGCUGCCUCCUGCACCACAUGCACUCUCUCACUGCAUGGCUUUGACAAGCCAGUCAGUAUGGACAUGGCACUGCUCACUCCUCAGAGAUCAGUGGACACUAAACAACUCAAGGAAGCCACUGAAGUACUGAGGAGAACAGUUGGUGAGAUGACCACCUCACAGCUUGGCUCUACUGUGGAGACUGUACUGUCACUAAUGGAGAAAAUGACAACUGCACUUCAGUCAUCUUCUCUGAGUGAGCUGACAGGCCACACUGACUCCAUACGGACAGAGAUAGGGGCUGUCCUUGUAGUGACCAGGAGGGUUGUCGAGGAGUGCACAGUACAGAGUAUCAGUGAGAACAUGGGAGCCAGUCUCUCUAAGAUGAAGACUUUAUCUCACCAGCUUUGUCAAGUGACCAAGGUCAAACUCCGAUACUGUCUAGACCAGUCAGAUGAAACAGCUGCUCUUGUUGACCUGGUGGAGAAUGGAGCUAAUCUGUUGAGAACUGUGGACUGUCUACUCAGGGACAUCCAUACACUCAGUGGAGUCAGUGGCCUGGCAGAGAGGAUAGACAUUGAACACCCUCUACUCAACAACGAGAUUGAGACAACAGAGUUCGUUUAUUUGGCGGCUCAUUUUGACAACGUGAGAAUGUACUCUCUAGCGUUGGGACUCACUCCUGCUCAGCAAGCUGAUGUGAGGCAGAUUAAAGUUUUAGAAGACACACAAACGGCCAUGAUGCAAUGCUUGUCCCUGUGGCAAAGUAGAAACCCAGCUGCUGCAACAUAUAGAACUCUUAUUAAAGUACUCCAAAAUAUGAGAAGAGACAAAAUUGCUAGUAAAGUUUUUAAACAUUGCCUAGAGAAGGAACAAUAAACUGUACACUUGAUCAUAAUUAUAAUUAUUGUUAUUUUAGCCUUAUUUGUUUUGUGCCUGUUAUGUAUGAAUCGGUUUGUUUGUAUUAUAAUUUGAAUGUCUAAUAUAAUAAUAUAUAUAUACGCAAUACCAGUAACGUAUUUAAUUAUGAUGGUUCUAUUAUCCCC